CCCCCUCUUCAUUACACCACCCAUGAGCUCAUAAUGCACCACAAACACACUUAACCCCAGCUUUUUACGGAGUGUUAGAUAUAAUCAAAGGAAAGGUUAUGGAUUCAGAAGGGGUGGAAUUGAAUGGAGAUGCUCAAGGAGGAGCUCCAGGAGCGCGUCCUCGGCGGAGCCGCUGGUCAAGGAACGCCCCACUUAACAUGAACCAUUACGCCAAUAAGAAGAGUGCAGCAGAGAGCAUGCUGGAUAUCGCACUGCUGAUGGCCAACGCCUCCCAGCUGAAGACCGUCCUGGAGGUGGGACCCUCUUCCUCCUUAUACAUUCCUCUCAUCAGCCUCAUCAGCAUCUCCCUCAUCCUACAGAUCAUCGUGGGGGUCUUGCUUAUCUUCAUAGUGAAGUGGAAUCUGAAUGACACAAGUAAACACUUCAUACUGAAUCUUCUGGAGAACAUCGUCACAGCUCUCGUCUUUAUCAUCGUAGUAGUCAAUAUUUUCAUCACAGCAUUUGGCAUCCAAAGACCAGAGGACACAAAAACUUAACUGGCGACUGGUUACCUACAUAUAUAGUUGGACAUUUAUCAUCAAAAACUUUUUUUUUAAUCCCAAAAUGAGGUAAUAACAUCCAAAGUACUAUACGUUGUGGACCAUAAAUUCAAAAUUGAAUUAAAAAAGUGCAAUUACAUAUAAUUGUUAUGAAUUAUUGUUUAAUUAUAUAAUUUACAUUGUCACAAUGUAUUAAAUGUGAAAUUGGAUCAAAUAUGUUAAUAGAUUUGAGAUUUUGAGACUGAAAAUAAUCAAGACAGACGUACAGUAGCGCCUGAAGUCUACAAGUCUACCUGAAAGCCUCUGAUCACUGUCUUCAGAGGAAAUGGACUCAUUUUAUGUGGUUCAACUGAAUGCAACUCUUGCACAUGGCACACUUUUUUUUUUUUUUUACUGAAAGGUCAUAUUUAAAGGUAUUGCUGCUUGAAGGAUAACUUGCUUCCUAAAGUCAGAACAAGGUACUUGUGGUGCAAGCUGAUCAUGAAUAUAUUGAAGAGAGUUUAAAUCUUCUCUUACAAACUUCAGUACCUUUACAAAACAUGAAUCCUAAAUCUGAUUUGCCAUAGAUACACAUCAGAAUACUUUUAUUAAAUCCUAUCACAAAUUUAUAUUGUAUUAGUAGCCCAAAAACGAACUUGAUAUGCAUGUUGUCUGUUUGCAUUGAUGCAGUAAACACUGAAAUAAGAGCGCCAUCUACUGACGAGGAGCUAUGGUACAGGCAGAACAAAGCAUAUUGUAUGUAAAUAUAUAAAAUUUUGUAUGGGUCACAAUACUUGGCUUUGUCACAUCACUUUUGCUUUGAAAUAUUUGUGACUUGAUGUUUUAAAGUUAUUUAGUGCUUUGAUGUUUUGAUUUUUGAUGUGAAUAUUUACUAUCCAUUUUAUAGGUUUAUAUGUUUCUUGAACUUUUUGUGUAUUUAUAUGGAUAUUGUUUGUAUAAAUGACCAAAGAUUGCCUUUUUUUCACUUGUAGAGAACAGUGUUAGUCCAAUGAAAACCAAAUAAUGAAAAAUGAAUGCAUUACAUCAUUAUUUCAGUGCACAGAUAAAUAGUAGACCUACUUACAGUUGUUUUUACAUUCAGUAUUGCACACUGGUCUUCAGAUCUAAAGCUGCUGCAUUUAUGGACAAAACAGUCAUUCUGACAUCAAUAAAACUAUUUUUCAGCAAU